AUGGGACGCUUUUCGACGCUGGCUCUCCUCGUUUCUCUGUCUUCAAUCGCAUCCGUUCAUGCCGCAGAAUGCACGGUGAAACACAGCGACAAUGGAACAGACGACAGCCCUUCCAUACUUCAGGCCUUCCAAGAAUGCGCAAUUGAUAGCACGAUUACAUUCGAGAGUGCUAACUACAGUGCUCACACACCUCUCUCCCUAACCGGCCUACGAAAUGUCACCGUUUUCUUGAACGGAAACUUAAAUCUACCCAAUAAUAUAUCGCAAGUACAGCAUGAAAUCAACAUCACACAGAACACCCCAAGUACCUAUGCGACACCUUGGUUUUACAUUCAGGGAUCGGAUGUCCAAAUUAUAGGUUCUGACGAUUUUGAGUGGGGAAGAUUCCACGGAUUUGGGCAACAGUGGUGGGAUAUCGGCAACAGGAUUCUCCGUCCACAACUGGCGACAUUCAAUGUAACGAAUGGUUUGCUUCGCAAGCUCAAGGUGAUCAAGCCCGUUGCUUGGGGUUGGAAUCUUCCUGGCCAGAAUAUUCGCGUGGAAGAUCAUUUCGUUGAUGCCGCUCCAGAUAACAGCACAAGAGACAGCACAGUCGUAUAUAGCCUUUCAAACGUAGGCUUCAACCUUUCAGGUCAAAACAUAACGAUCGACGGAUAUUAUGGACAUAAUGGCGACGACUGUGUCUCGGUGGUGAAUGGUGCCCGAAAUAUCCUCGCUCAAAAUGGCUUCUGCGGUUUCUCUUCCCAUGGGCUAUCCAUAGGCUCACUCGGCCGGAAUGGUGCGAACCAGACCGUAAAAGAUGUAGUGUUUAAGAAUUGGACGAUGGAGGGCGCAGUUUAUGGAGCUCGCUUCAAAUCCUGGACCGGAGGACAAGGUUUUGCCGACAACAUUACUUGGCAAGAUAUUCACGUGGUCAAUGUAUCGACUGCCAUCUUCAUUACUCAGAAUUACUUCGACCAGGACAAAGGUCCUCGACCGGAUAACAUCAAUAAAACCAGCACUAAGAUCUCCAAUUUCCUGUUCCAAAAUUUCACAGGUACUUUGGGCUCGAAUUGGACCGACGGGACCUGCAUUAGCAACCCUUGCUGGAAUUUCGUUGAGGGCGGUGACACUACCCAAGCUAUCAUUUUCGAUCUGUUCCCGGACACUGCCCUCAACCUGACAUUCCGCGACAUCAAUGUGCGUCCAUUCGAGAAACCAGAGAAUGCUACCACCGUCAUUUGCGAUCCCACGACUCUUGUCCCCGGAGAACAAGAUACGCUAGGAUUCAAGUGCACUAGAGGACCUCUUGAGACAACCGAAAUCAAAAGCACUGGCAACAGCGCCAUUUCUGCAACGCCGUCUCUAACCCUAUGGCCAUGCAUUGCCUUGUUGAUUCUACUGGCACACUACUAA